GCGAGGCAUAAAGCGACAGAGGGCCCGUUAGCACAUCAUAAGCCAUCUCACCGUCGGACACUCGUACAAAGUUACACGCUAAUACACCCAGGCAUCUCCCCAUACACCGUUGAUCAAUAGAUAAUGGCCACUGCAUUGACGCAACUCUACUACCGAGCACCAAAGCUUGUGGGUCUCAUAGACGCUGCUCCGUCGUAUACUGAAGUCCCAGGCAUCGAGAAGCUGUCCCAUGACGUUCGCCAGGCGCUGUAUUCUCCAAAUGGCCAAUACUUUGCCUUCACUCAACCUUCAGGCGUGACGAUUCUCAACCCAGAAGAUGGCUCUGUUGUGUCUAAGCUUGACAUUCAAGAUCCAUUUGAUUUGCAUUUCUCUCCAAAGGGCUCGUAUCUCUGUAUCUGGCAGAGACCUGUCAAGAGCGAAGACGGCAGUGGAAACUACGCCGACAAUGUUAACAUCUACAACGUCAAGGCCGGCUCCAUAGCCGUCAAGUACUUGGCCAGAGAUCAAUCUGGCUGGGCACCAUCGUUCACAUCGGAUGAAACUGUUCUUGCAAAGCUCUUCAAGAACGAGAUCAGAUUCUACGAGGUCAACAACUGCUCGAACUUGUCAAGAGCAUGGUCAGUUCUCAAAAUAGAUAACGUUGCAUCUUUCCAAAUGUCUCCAGGAAAGAACCCUACAAUUGCAACUUUUGUCCCAGAGAAGCAAGGUAAGCCAGCCAACGUCUCUGUCUGGAACAUCUCAACGAAGAUCACGCAACCUGUCUCAUCUAAAACGUUCUUCAAAGCCGAGAGAUGCUCUUUGAAGUGGAAUUCGUUGGGUACUGCGCUAUUGGCCUUGGCCUCUACCGAUGUCGAUGCAUCAAACCAAUCUUACUAUGGUGAGACGACGCUUUACCUCUUGGGUAUUGCAGGCUCUUAUGAUUCCCGUAUCACCCUAGACAGAGAAGGUCCUAUUCACGAUAUCACUUGGUCCCCAACUGCGCGUGAAUUCGGUGUCGUCUAUGGUUAUAUGCCAGCUCAAACGUCUUUCUUUGAUGCCAGAGGUAAUCUAAUCUACUCGUUGCCUCCUGCACCAAGAAACACCGUCCAGUUCUCUCCUCAUGCGAAAUACAUUCUCGUGGCAGGAUUUGGUAACCUACAAGGAACAGUGGACAUCUAUGAUCGGACCCAAAAGUUUGCCAAAGUGGCCUCCUUCGAUGCUCCAAACACCUCAGUGUGCCAAUGGAGUCCUGAUGGACGAUUCAUCCUGACUGCUACCACUUCUCCAAGAUUGAGGGUUGAUAACAGCAUCAAGAUUUGGUACGCAUCUGGUAAGCUUGUCUACUUCAAAGAGUUCAAAGAGGUGAACUCUGUCAAUUGGCGUCCUCGUCCAUUGGACUUGUUCCCACCUUUGAGAGGGCUUGAUGAGAACCCAGCUCCACAUCAGUCUGCCAUUGACUACGUGCUGUCACAUCCUAAGUCAUCCGCAGAGGUUUCCUCAAAGCCAAAGGGUGCCUACAGACCACCACGUGCCAGAGCAAAUGGUGCAAGCAGUGCAGCUCCACAGACUUUGUACCAGAGAGAGCUGAGUGCCAACCUCAGCAAUGUGUCUCUAGGUGGGAACUCUGGUGCACCGGUAGGCUUCAAGCCACCAGGUAUUAGAACUCCAAAGUUACCACCUGGAUUCACGCCUCCAGCUGAGAAGGAGAGCAAGUCUGCUGCCAAAAACAGAAAGAAGAGAGAGAACAAGAAGGCAGCCAAGGAUGAUGAGUCUGUUGCCGGUGCUGCACAACAGCAGCCACCACAACAAGCUGCUACUGCACCAGAACCGUUGAUUGCUGGUGGUGUUCAGAGCAUCGAAGACAAAAAGAUUAGAAGCUUGCUGAAGAAGCUUAGGGCCAUAGAACAGCUGAAGCUGAAGCAAGCCAAUGCUGAGCCUCUGGAAGAGACUCAGGUUCUCAAGAUUGAAACUGAAGGGAAAGUCAGGGCCGAAUUGGCUCAGCUAGGCUGGACUGAAUGAGCCUACAGAUCUCCUUGUUGUGAGUUACACCUAUUGAUAAUAAUACACGUCAUACAGUU